ACUCAUCCCAUUCAUUGUCUCAGUCUCGUCACCUCGUCGAAGCAUCAUCAGCAGCAGCCAUGGAGGCCUCAACGGCCUUGCAGUCAUGGCUGGAGCUGCUCCGUCUCGCCCAGCCCGUGUCGCUCAUCUUGAUAGUCCUCUGCUUCGCCCUAGCCAUCGAUCCUUCCUCCUCCGAAGGACCACGGCGGCGACGCUCCAACCUCUUGGGGCUAAGCCUCGCAGCUCUCGCGCUUACCUUCUUGGCGUCAGGCAUCCUACUAGUCGUCAGAGCCGUCGUGCCUGAUAAGACAUGGACCCCCGCUCUGCAGAGGUGGCAUAAUGUGGAGUACCAGUCCCUCCUGGGCCUUGUGGGGAUCGGCUCACUGCCUGUGCUUCUUGCAUGGCAGCAGAGGCAGCAUGGUCCAGGAGUUUAUAGCAUCGGAGCUGUCUGGUGGGCAGCGACGCUUGGUGGAGUAUCGGAUGUCGCCAUGCUGGCCGCGUAUGCGCUGGACAUCGGCAGCGACGCUGCGCAGUGGAAGGAGUUGACUCCGUGGACGUGGGCGCAGCUGGGCAUUCAGAUGGGGAGGGUCUUAGUGUUCUGGCCGAUUCUCGUCGUUCUUGCGAGCAUCUCGGCAAACGAGCGCGAGACUACUGAGCCGUCGCCGGCCGCUACAGAUAAUCGGCUGGCCAGCAAUGCCGCGAGCGCUUCUGCUGCGGGCGAGUCCACGGCUCUCCUCUCUGCGACGCGUGCCCAGCCAGCAGACUAUGGAGGAACCACGUCUGCAGGACCUUCGUCGAAUGGCACGUCGACGCCAAACAAGUCGAGUGCUGCAAAUAAGAAUUCGACGGCGCCAUCGGCGGCUUCAGCUGCCAAUGCUUCCAUGGGCCUCAGCAUGGCCUCAGCGCCCCCUCCGCCAACAUUCCGCGUCUUCUUUAGCCGCAUCCUCAUGCUCUUUCCCUACCUCUGGCCUUCCAAGAGCCCACUCCUCCAGCUUCUGGCCUUAUGCUGCGUCGGUCUGCUCCUCAUCGGCCGCCUAGUCAACAUUGCCGUCCCCAUCGUACUAGGCAAGAUAGUCGACCGCCUUGCCUCGACAGAGAGCGGUGGUACAGCAUCGACGAGCUUGAGUAUCUGGUGGCUCAUCGGCGGCUAUGCCCUUCUCAAGUGUCUGCAGGGCUCUGGCGGUCUCCUCACCGUGGCGCAGAACUUUGCCUGGCUUCCUCUCCAGCAAUACUCCGACAGAUCCAUGUCCCUCAUGGCCUUCAGACAUCUCUUGGACCUCUCCAUGGCCUUCCACACCAAGCGCAAGACGGGAGAGGUACUGCGUAUCCUUGAUAGGGGGAGCUCGAUAAACAGCUUCUUUCAAUACCUCGUCUUCCAGAUCGCGCCCAUCUUCUUCGACAUCGCGAUCGCUACCGUAUUCCUCUCGGUCACCUUUGGUCCGCAGGUCGGGCUGCUCCUCUUUGCCAUCAUGACAGUCUACACGGCCAUCUCCGUCAAGAUGACGACGUGGCGUACAACGUUGAGGCGAGACGCAAACAACAAGGACUCUGUCUCGCGAGCGAUUCACACCGACGUGCUCCUCAACUGGGAGACGGUAAAAUCCUACAACAACGAAAGCUACGAAGCCGAGCGGUAUCGCCUUGCCUUUAUCGACUACCAAGGCGCAGAGUGGAAGGUCAGCGCGAGUCUCAACGCGUUGAACUUGGUGCAAAACCUUGUCCUUUCGGUCGGCACGCUCCUCAUGCUCUUCGUCGUGGCCUACGAUGUCACAAAUGGCUAUGCGACGAGCAGCGACUUUGUCGUCUUCAUCUCCUACCUGGCGCAGAUCUAUACGCCACUCAAUAUGCUGUCCACCCUCUACCGCGUCAUUCAGACUUCGCUCGUCGAUACGGACAAGCUGAUUGCGCUCCUUCAAGAGGAGAAGGACGUCAAGGAUAUCCCAGGCGCAACGGAUCUCGAAGUCAAGCAGGGAGUCGUCGAGUUUCGCGACGUACGCUUCAGCUACGACGGAAAAGUCGAUGCGCUCAAGUCCCUCUCCUUCACCAUGAAGCCCAAAUCACGCGUUGCCCUCGUUGGUGAGAGCGGCGCUGGAAAAUCCUCAGUCCUCAAGCUCCUGUAUCGCUUCUACGAUCCCUCCUCGGGCCAGAUCCUGAUAGACGGACAGGAUAUUCGAACAGUCACGCAAGCUAGCCUGCGCAAAGCCAUUGGAGUCGUGCCACAGGAAGCGGGACUGCUGAACACUUCGAUCCGCACCAACAUUGGAUACGGUCGUACGGAGCCGCCUGCGACGGACGAGGAAGUCGAGGCUGCUGCAGCCGCCGCCCAGAUCCUGGAUAAGAUUCAAGCCUUCCCCGAAGGAAUGGACACUGUAGUCGGUGAGCGCGGUGUGCGUCUCUCGGGUGGCGAGAAACAGCGGGUCGCCAUCGCCCGUACCUUCCUAAAGGCCCCGCCCAUCUUGCUUCUCGAUGAAGCGACCAGCGCCUUGGACUCGCAGACGGAGCGUCAUCUCCAGGUGGCAUUGCAGACGCUCAUGGAGGGCAAGACCAGUCUGACCAUUGCGCAUCGGUUGAGUACGAUUGUCAAUUCGGAUCAGAUCAUCGUGCUUUCGGCUGGCGGGGUAGUGGAGAGCGGAACGCAUGAGGAGUUGGUGGCCGUGGUGGGGGGCAGAUACGCCGCUAUGUGGGCGGCGCAGGUCGAGACGGAUAGGGAGAGGGCGGACAAGGAGCGCGAGAACGAGCAUGCUGGGGAGGAGGCGAAGAAGGCUGAUACUGAGGAGUUGAAGGGCAGCGAAGAUACUGCGAACAACGGCAAGGCCAAGGCUCCGGUCGAGGCAAACGCAGCCGCACAAGCGUCAGCAGCCGAGGGAGACGAGGAUAAUGACACUGCGGCAACCUCGUCACCUCCCGCUCCCGGCAUGCUAGGCGUCGUCUCGCCUUCGCAACUCGACUCCGACGCGAUGGCGAACGCGGUCUCGCCGACGUCCACCCCUGCACUACCACCUCCGCCAGCGGCAGUCGAGGCCGCACAGGAGACUGAGGCAGAGGCGAUGCCCGCAGUAGUGGAUGAGGUCAAGGCGCAGAAGCAAGAGGAGAAGGAGCUCGAAAGCAACGAUCGACUGGCAUUCGGUGUGGAUGCGCCAGCUGUCUCCACCAGCACGUCGGGUACUGCGCCUCCCUCUCGUCCGCGCACGAGCAGCGGCGUCGCCGCCGGAGACGCCGCUUCAAUUGCGCCUUCGACCACCUCGUCUUCUGGCGCUGCGGGUGGAGGCAAGAUGCGCACCCGUAUCGCCUCGUUGAUGAGACGUACGACGAGUAGCAGCGGUGGGAGAUCAAGAGAGGGAAGCCUGGUGGCUAGCGCAGGAGACUUGCCGAGCCCAGGAUCGCGACCAUCUUCAUCGGGCGGCGUAGCUGGACAGCAGCCGCAGGGCACGAGUGGUACCGCGACUGAGACAGGCAGGCCAAGCAGUGGUGUCGCUGGCGCCAGUGGUGGUAACGGCAGCAGCGCUAAGAAGAAGAACAAAAAGAAGGGGAAGAAGUGAUUCGUGCGGUAGGCCAUCAGCUGGAACGGGGGAGUACGGACCAGCGAUCUAUCCCUUGUACAUGAGCACAAGCACAGCUUGCGAGAAUGAAUGGACAUUGAUUGUGGAC